GCUUAUGCGGCGGCGCCGGCGGGGGCGGAAACCCGGGGUACCGGGGCGGGGCUGCUGGCCCCUACGAGGGAGGUUUCUGUUGACCUCGUCAGUAGCCCUUCCUUCUCAAAAUCUGUGUUCGCUCUAAACGAAUCCUCUCCUACACCCUGUUCAACGAGCGAAUAUUUCAGGGCCGCAAACCCGGCUGCAGACGCAGCGACUUGGGGUGGGCGGGGGCGGUUCUGGACGCUGCGGCUGUACCUGUUUUCCUUUGACCAGCAGAGGACGCUCUGUGACCAGGUUUCCGCAUCCCUGGGCGUUCGCAGCACACACCGGUAUUGAGAGGGUCCCGAUCGAAGUGCAUCUGCAUGAGAACUGCGCAACCAGCGUCCGAAUGGUCAUUGAAUAAAUAGAUUAGACCUCAGAACUGCCCCUGCUGGUUCACUUGGAUGGCUUUUGUUUGAAAAGGACCGCACUUGAAAAGGAUUUAUCUUGAGUUACUGUUCUUAAAGAAUUGAGAAAAGGAAGCCAACUUUUCUCAUUUCAGUUAAAACUUAAGCAGUAUAUGUGCUUAAAAGAUUAGGCCAGCCAGGUAUUCAAACAUGUUCUGAUCCCAGAAAGGGUGGGGGGAAAGCCAGUCUGUUGUCAGCUCAAACAGUGGUUGCCCGAGAUGGGCUCUGUCUGAAUGGAUUAAUCCAUACACUGAGAGUCUUGAAGGGGGCCUGCAGGUGCCCCUGAUGCUCAGGACUCAGAGCGACCACUACCACUGACUCACGUUUAUUUUCAGCAGAACCGUUUUCUGCUAUUUAAAAAUCUUUGUUCUAGUUAGUCAUACACUCUUCCUGACCCCCACCCUUCAACGAUAAUUUCUUUAGGUCAAUACUGAGUUUACACUUGUGAUGAUGUAAAAUUGAGUCACAGCUGAGCCAUGCAGGAAGCUAGGAUUACGUUUCCUUUCCUGUAACUUUCUGCUUUCUCUCAAAACUGUCAUACUUGUGUUUGUUUACUUUUUUAUGUAUCCCUAAUUCAACCUCAAACUCUUUUUUUUUACCAGUGUUCUAAAUCUCUACUCAAGAUGUUCAGGUGAAUGAGAUGUUUUAUCAAUUUCAUGUUCCUGCAGGAGUCUCUCCUAGAGCCUUCAGUUCCUGAUGAGCAUCUGUUAUCGCUGAAGUUUGUCUUUGGCUCAUCAGCCGUCCAGGCCUUGGACCUCGUUGAUCGCCACUCCGUCACCUUAAUCUCAUCGCCCAGUGGGAGGCGUGUUUACCAGAGUCAACUGCAGCUCUGCUCCAAAACGUCUUCACUCAGGGUCCCAGUCGAUGGAGCAGCCCCCGUCUGGAACAUUGCGGAUCUCACAGCAGAAAGAGAAGAGGACAUAGUACUUGGAAGUUCCGGUAGAACGUACGUGUGUUUGGCCUCUUGUCAUUACUGUUCGUGUCCGGCAUUUGCCUUCUCAGUGCUGCGGAAGGGUGACAGCCUCCUGGUGAGGAUGGGAAGGGCCCCCCCAACUGCGGCUGAGCUAGGAGAGAGAUUGAGAGCCCUCGCUGCGUCGUUUAAGAGCUGCACAAAAUGGGGAUUUGACUACAUGUGGAAACAGUUGUUUCUUCUCUUUGACUUCAGUUAGUCCUCUCUUUUGGGUUUACCCUCCCAAAAUGCAGUGUCAUUUUUAGAACUACACCAAUUUCCCAUUUUAAUUUAAAAGGUCACAGAUGAAGCUGUGGGGAGGGCAACAGGUAAUCCCCAAAGUAGGCAACUGGGGAACCAGUCGGCCCAAUAGAGAUAUGAACUAAAUUGCUGCUGGCAGCUUUGCAAAGCCCCAGCUACACGUCCAGCCUUGAGGUGCUUCUUCCCACUCCCCGUGAGACAGCCUGGCACCUGGCCAUGCUCGACUUUCCCGGGGGCAGGAGAGCACAUCGGUGCCUCUGCUGACUUCACGGAGUCCAGGGCAUCAAGCAGGAAUGAGACACACUCACAAAGCUCCUGAUUCCGCAGGAGAAAGCAGUACCCAGCCAUUUGUUAAGUCUUGCCAAGGAAGAAUAUUGUAGCACCCGCUGAAUUCUUCCCCUUUCUUUUACAUACACUGUUAAUUACACACCUCGGGAACUGGGUGGCAGGUUGAAUGUCCCAUUGUACGAGAAGCCACCUUCACAGCUGAUUUCACCUGUAAAACGACAGGGUUCAAGCAGGCCCUCCAGUAACCUAAGCUGUGUGUGCUAUGAUACAGGGUCCAGCACAGGUCCUCUCCCCAGAGGUGUUCAGGCCGAGAUAUGUGAGGGUCCUGCCACCCCUGCCCCUGCCCCCGACACCAUGCCCCGGAAGUCUAAUAGCGGUGAAGGGACUACACUGUAGACUCUGAGCAUGUGUGUAAGAUGGGGAUAAGACCUGUCCCCCUGGGGGGCUUAAAUGAGAUAAUCUUAUUAUCUCAUUAUUAAAUAAUUCUCUCUUAUUAAGUGAGAUAAACUUUAAGAAGCACUUAGCACAGUACCUCAAGGAACUAGGCAUUGCUAUUAACAGCUUUCUGAAGGCGAGGAAGAAAGAAAUAUAAUUUAGGACUAAAAUAAAGAGCCUGUCUCAGUUUUCCCUUGGUUUUACCUGUACCAAGCUGGAUCUAAACAGUUGCCCCAAACAACAGGCAAAGGAAAACCUCCUUCGUCCCCACUGCCUCCUAGGAGGUCUCAUCUUUGUCUUCAGUUUCAGGCAGUGAGUUAGAGGCGCACAGUCUGUGCCCCACUCCUUUCCUGCUACAUGUGAUGGUGGUGAGAGGUCUGGGUUAGCCUGGCCGCUCCAGUUUCUAACUGGUUUGUGUGUUUUGUGUUCCAGUGCAAGCACCUCUUGGCAGUUUAUCUUAGUCAGGUUAUGAGGACCUGUCAGCAGCUGAGCGUCUCUGACAAGCAACUGACUGAUGUAUUAUUGAUGGAAAAGACACAGGAAGCAUCAUAAAUGGCGCAGAUGGAGCAUCACACUGUCCUUCAACACAGGGGUCCUGUCCAGGACGCACACGACUGGCCACGCGUGAUUCACGCGGCCGAGACGUGAACCAGACUACCUGUCGCUGUCCCUUCCCCGCGGGCUGCAGGAGGCAUUGUGGGUUGGGCCCAGGAUGUGCAUAUGGUUUGAAGCCCUCGUGAAAAGUCUGGACCAGCCUCCAAGCCCCUUGGGUAGAAAAUUUCCAGAUGCAAUCAAGCGUUUUAGACUCCAAAAUCUAACAUCAUGUCAUGGUCAUAAUUAGAUUCUUAAGUGAC